UAUUCUGCGGUCAACAAAACCAAAACAAACAAAUUUAGCUUUUACUAAAUAAAACAAGGGAUUACUGCAAACGCUGGAUAUAAAAACAUUCUGCGGAAUAAAGUCAUGGACGGUCCAGCAAAGUACGACCGCCACCAGUUGACUGACUGCUGCUGGAAGUUCUCAAUCGCUUCGCUGGACAUCCAAUAAACACGCAAGUGCCUUCAAAAUAGUUACCGGUCAAUGGAAAAUACGCCUACGCCGGAGCUCCCUCAGGUAAAGCAUCUUCGUAAGCUUUAGAGCUAAGCAUUAAGCAGCCAGCCUUGGAAAACAUAAUUUAUCCACUAAUAGCGAGUAUUAAAAGUCAAGGCCACCGCACCAAAAACAAAAACAAGAAAAACAGCUGGAAGACAACGCAAUUGCAGUUUUGCCUUAGAAAAGAUGCAACGCAGCGCGUAGGGAAAGAUCAGUUCUGUUCCAGUUGUUGCUUCCUGAAUCCGUGAAUCUUCCUCCGUCAUGUGCUGCAGCUGCUGCGGGGAAACUCAACGCAAGGCCUGGGUCUUUGGCCUGGGCUCGCUUUUCCUGGUCCUGGGAAUUCUCACCGUGGUCUUCUGGCCAAAUUUGGCCGAUAGUCUCGUCGAGGAUGGCCUCACCUUGAAGCCUGGUACUGAUGCCUAUGACAGCUGGCUGGAGGCACCCAUACCCAUUUACCUGAGCUUCUACAUGUUCAACUGGACGAAUCCGGAGGAAAUCAGGAAUCCAAAUGUCAAGCCCAACUUUGUGGAAAUGGGUCCGUACACAUUUUUAGAGAAACACAAGAAGGAGAACUACACGUUCUUCGAUAAUGCCACGGUGGCGUACUACGAGCGUCGCACCUGGUUCUUUGAUCCGGAGCGAUCUAAUGGCACCCUGGACGACCUGGUGACGGCUGCUCAUGCCAUCACCGCCACGGUUGCGGAUGAAAUGCGGAAUCAACGAAAAAUUGUCAAGAAAAUUAUUAACUUUAUGCUGAACCACGAGGGCGGAGAGCUAUACACCACGAAGCCGGUGGGAGAGUGGAUCUUUGAUGGCUAUCAGGAUAAUCUUACGGAUUUCCUGAAUCUAUUUAAUACCUCCAUGAUUGACAUUCCGUACACACGCUUCGGCUGGCUGGCGGAUCGCAAUGAAUCGCUGACUUAUGACGGUCUAUUCACCAUUCACACGGGCACCGAUGACAUUUCCAAUUUAGGACGGCUUACCCACUGGAAUAACAAACCGGAGACGGGCUUCUAUGAGAUGCCCUGUGGCGUGGUUAAUGGCACCACUGGUGACCUCUUCCCGCCCAAGAUGAACGUCAAGGAUGAGAUCACGAUAUUCGCCACCGAUGCCUGUCGGUUCAUGAACCUGCGGCCGCAGGGCACAUACGAGAAUCAUGGACUGACAGCCACAAAAUGGGUGGGCACUGAGGAAACUCUGGAUUCUGGAGAGAAUUACCCUAACCAGGCGUGCUUCUGCGAUCUCGAGCGUUUCGAAGAGUGCCCGAAAACCGGUGUGGUGGAGUGCAAAGCGUGUCGCGACAAGGCUCCUAUAUACUCCUCCUUCCCGCAUUUCUAUCUCGCCGAUCAGUCGUACAUCGAUGCAGUGAGCGGCAUGAAGCCGGAGAAGGACAAGCACGAGUUCUUCUUGGCAGUGGAGCCGACAACGGGUGUGCCUGUCCAGGUGCACGGUCGCAUCCAGAUCAACAUGAUGAUCGAGCCCGACGAUGAUUUCGACAUUUACCGCGGCGUGCCAAAGGUGCUGAUGCCCAUGUUCUGGUUCGAUCAGUACGCGGAGCUAUCCUCCGAAUUGGCUUCCAAGGCCAAGUUGGCCAUCAAUCUGUCCAGCUAUGGCCUUAUCUUUGGCUAUUGCUUGAUAGGCUUUGCCAGCGUCUUUCUUGUCACCGGCGUCGUGCUGACGCUGACCAAGAGAUGGGUGCGACGAGCUGCCGACGAUGAGGACAUGCUGGCCACCAACUAAGGUAUCUUAGGUGUAGAUUUUAAGCAUAGCCCAAAGUGCCAGGAAAAGAUAACACUCCUAGUUCAUUCUAUAUAGUCGCGCAGAGAUUGUUGUUCGUUUCGUUGCGUUACGCGUUAUGUAAUAUGUAAGUGACACUUGCAUUUUGUGAUAGCAAACCCUAUUUCCCUAAUCUAUAAUCCAAGUUGACAACUCAAACUAAACGGAGAUUUACUUAUUGUAAUUUAAAUCACACACUUUACAUUUGAAUUUUUCAUUUUAUUUUUUGCAAAUUAUAAUUUUUACAACUCAAAGGACUUUCUUUACUUAUCGUAUACGAAUUUGUUUUAUAAAUGCUUUACUUUG